AUUAGCCCAGGCUAGCUUGUAGCUUUUGUCAGUGGGAGGAUCUCUGCUCGCCUGCCCCGUUUCUCAGCACCCACUCUGUAAAUUUAGCGAACACUGCAGCAAGAAGUGUAUGUGUGUGUGUCACGAUCAAGAGGAAAGAGCAAGCAGGGAUUAAGAUUAAUUAAAACCUUCUCAUCCGGCUGGUGACAGAAAUGGCAGCCAUUCGGAAGAAGCUGGUGAUUGUUGGAGAUGGAGCUUGCGGGAAAACGUGUCUUCUCAUUGUCUUCAGUAAAGACCAGUUUCCUGAAGUCUACGUCCCUACAGUGUUUGAGAACUACAUUGCUGACAUUGAGGUUGACGGAAAGCAGGUGGAGCUAGCAUUGUGGGAUACUGCAGGCCAAGAGGACUACGACAGGUUGAGACCUCUCUCUUACCCCGAUACAGAUGUCAUCCUCAUGUGCUUCUCCAUUGACAGCCCAGACAGUUUAGAAAAUAUCCCUGAGAAGUGGACGCCUGAGGUGAAGCACUUCUGUCCCAAUGUUCCCAUCAUCCUGGUGGGGAACAAAAAGGACCUGAGGAAUGAUGAGCACACACGGAGAGAGCUAGCCAAGAUGAAGCAGGAACCAGUGAAGACAGAAGAAGGCAGAGACAUGGCUGGUAGGAUCAGCGCUUUCGGCUACUUGGAGUGCUCUGCUAAGACGAAGGAUGGUGUGCGGGAAGUGUUCGAGAUGGCCACAAGAGCAGCACUGCAGGUCCGCAAGCGCAAGAAGAGAAGUGGCUGCACGGUGCUGUGAGCUGUCCAAACAUCAUCAAAUCAGCUGACCAAUUGGAGAAAAAUAACACAUGAAAAAGGACUGACCAAUUACCAAAUGGAUCUUUGUACUGUAGCUCAUAUUUCAUGGCAAAGGUGGGCAGAUGAAUUGAACGUAAACAAAGCUAAUACAGGAAAUGGACUAUAUUACAUCUGUGGCUAGAAAUUGAUGUUUCCUUAUUGAUUUACUUUUGUCCCCCAAAAUCUGUCUUUUCUUUUCUUUUUUUUUCUUUUUUUUGGUAACUUGGCUUUGGUAGGUGCACAUACAGUAUUUGUAUGCAAUAUUGUUCUUCACAAGCUUGUCAGGCAAGCAGCAUCAUUCUUAGCUUGUAUAAAGUCUCCAUGAGUAAAGUCUUGUCCAGGCAGUCCAGUUCUGUUUCACUGUAGCAGUAGUGAUAGAGAAUUAAAGAUUAUAUCUUUUGACCAUAAGCGCUAGUGCCUUUUUUAAGUUUAUAUACCACCAUCUGUUUGUCAGCGAGCUAACAUUUCAGCUGAGGACCCCUUCAUUGUACUGUAGCUCAUUUUACACAGUGCUGUCAUUGUGAAACCUGAGCAAAGCCAUAACUAAAGGCUUUCAGUGCUCCUCAAGUCAAGCACAAUAAAUGGUUGCUUGUGUCAUUUUUGUUGGCAUGAAA